AUGUCCUGCCAGCAAAGCCAGCAACAGUGCCCACCUCCUCCUCCCAAGUGCAAAGCCCCUAAGUGUCCCCCUGUUUCUUCCUGUUGUGGCUCCAGUUCUGGGGGCUGCUGCAGCUCUGGGGGUGGCAGCUGCUGCCUGAGUCACCACAAGCCCCGAUUCUCUCUCCGUCGCCGACGUCACAGCUCUGGAUGCUGCAGCAGUGGUGGCGGCGGCGGCAGCAGCUGCUGUGGUAGUAGCUGUGGCAGCAGCUGCUGUGGAAGCAGCGGCGGCGGCGGCAGCAGUUGCUGUGGAAGCAGCAGCAGCAGCGGCGGCGGCAGCAGUUGCUGUGGAAGCAGCAGCUGCUGUGGAAGCAGCAGCUGCUGUGGAAGCAGCAGCGGCGGCGGCGGCGGCAGCAGUUGCUGUGGAAGCAGCAGCUGCUGUGGAAGCAGCAGCGGCGGCGGCGGCGGCAGCAAUUGCUGUGGAAGCAGCAGCUGCUGUGGAAGCAGCAGCGGCGGCGGCGGCGGCAGCAGUUGCUGUGGAAGCAGCAGCAGCAGCAGCGGCGGCGGCGGCGGCAGCAGUUGCUGUGGAAGCAGCGGCGGCGGCGGUGGCAGCAGCAGCAGUAGCAGCAGCCAGCAGUCUAGGGGCUCUAGCUGUUGCCCUGGAGGUUGCUGCUGACCUGGAAAAGAGGAUCGCAAAGAGCAGCGCUGAUGGAAGACCUGCCAGCCAGAGUGUCUCCUCUUCUCUGGCUAUUUUGCAGACACACUUCUGCAACUCUCUCUGUGCCCUUUUUUUCAUCCCCCACAAAGCUCGUCUACUGUGAGGUCUUAUGGUCUCACCUCUGAGAUUCAUUGGCUUUGCUUUUUUUCCUCUCAGACACAACAGUCUGGGAAUGAGAUGUUGAAAAUCAGCUCUGCAGCGCUUU